CGGAGUAGUAUUUAGUUAUUGAAUUAGGAGUAUAAUAGUUUACUGCGUAGAAUAAUGAACAAAGAUGAAUUCUUCGCUCAUUCUUGGUAGUUCGUUAAGAACUGACAACUGAGUAUCAGAAACACGGCCAAACACCAGAAUGGAAAUGGUGUUAUCGAGCUCGCUCUUCCUCGCCGCCGUUAUAGUCUGCAGCAUUUGUACUUCCAUCACCUUUGCCCAAAUGGACACCUCUCCACCGCUGCAGCAGCCGCAAUAUCAUCCGCUAACGGGCGCCCUACAGACUCUCUCCGACUCCGGCUACGUCGCCAUGUCUCUCACUAUUGAGCUCAUCGCGAAAACUCUCAUCAGCUCCAUCUCCAACGCAACCACCGCCACCACCCCCAGUCUCACAAUCUUCUCUCCGCCGGACUCCGUCUUUGAAGAGCUCGGCCAGCCUUCACUGGGCCAGCUCCUCCUCCAACUCUCCCCUCUCGCGCUCUCUAUGUCCGCUCUCGGUUCCCAAUCUGUAGGCUCUGAAAUCCCCAAUCUAUCUCCCUCCGGUUCCCUAUACAUCAGCUGUUCCUCCUCUGACGACUCUCGUCGUCAGGUCUCCAUCAACGGCGUCAACGUCUCCCGCUGGCCAGUAUUCGACGAUGGCGGCCCUGUAAUCGCGUACGCAGUCGAUAAUUUCUUCCCCUCGAAUUCCUCACCGCCAAUGCCUGCUACGACGAACCCUAGAUCAGUCCAAAUCUCCGACUGCAAAUUGCGCUCGUCUUCUCUGCUACACGAGGCCUCCAUCACACUGAAAUCGAGGGGGUAUUCAACAAUGGCGUCAUUUCUGGAUUUACAGUUGUUCGGAUUCGCAACCACUUCGCCGAUGAAAUUGACUGUGUUCGCUCCGGUAGAUGAGGCUCUGGUUCAGUAUACGGGCAACAUAAUGGCGUAUCAGUCGGUGUUGAUCGCGCAUGUGCUUCCUUGCGUUGUUCGUUGGUCAGAUCUGAAAGAGAUCGGUAAGAACAGCGGAGCGGCAUUCAUGGACUACGCGAACGGGUUUAGCAUGAAUGUGUCCAGCGGAAAUGGCGAGGUUUACGUGAAUGGAAUUAGGAUUUCAGUUCCAGAUAUGUAUAGCAAUGACUGGAUUGUGAUCCAUGGACUGAAUGAGAUGAUUCCUCUGGAAGAUGAGUUAGAAUCGAGAAGAGAAUCUAAUUUCGGCGGGGGGCGUUACAUGGAGGUGUCUGCACCUGAUCACAACGAGUUUUGAUCGAGUUUCUGUAAGGUUUCAUCUUCUUCUUGUGAUUGUACCAAAGUUAGUGUUACUUCUCAUUGUUUUGGUGAAAUUUUGGAAACUGCAGUGUAUAAGGCACCCAUUUUGUCUCAUAAUUUCAGCAUUAUUACACGUUAGUACAUUACAGAG